AGGGGCCGCCGCCGCGGGCAGCCUAGCGGAGGACGUGCGAGUCGAGUGCUUCCCUACUAGACGUGAUCCUAGCCUGCGGAUCCUCCUCUCCCAAGCAAGUCUUGCAAGCAUCCGACUUGUCGCCACAGGAUCACAGCUGAGACAGCAGCGAGUUGUCCGAUUUGGGCACGUGAGGCCCGCGAUUAGGGGUAUGAAGACCCUCCACAAAAAGGCAGCUGCAGGGCAGCACGCCAGGGCAACUGUAGGUCACCACCCAGGAUCUGCAAAUAUGAGGAAGAAAAAGACCUUCCAGAAGAAGCAGAGGGGCAGACCUUCCUCCCAACCCCGCAGGAAUAUCGUGGGCUGCAGAAUUUCACACGGAUGGAAGGAAGGCAAUGAGCCCAUCACCCAGUGGAAAGGAACCGUUCUGGAUCAGGUGCCUAUAAAUCCCUCUCUUUAUCUGGUGAAAUAUGAUGGAAUUGACUGUGUCUAUGGACUGGAACUUCACAGAGAUGAAAGGAUUUUAAAACUUAAAAUCCUUCCUGAUAAGGUGCCAUUUUCUCGAGUCAGAGAUGUGCGCCUUGCAAACACCAUAAUUGGCAAAGCAGUGGAACAUAUGUUUGAGGGUGAGCAUGGUUCUAAGGAUGAAUGGAGGGGGAUGGUCUUAGCCCAAGCACCUAUCAUGAAAGCCUGGUUUUAUAUUACAUAUGAGAAAGAUCCUGUCUUGUACAUGUACCAGCUUUUAGAUGAUUAUAAAGAAGGUGACCUCCGAAUCAUGCCAGAGUCCAGUGAGUCUCCUCCAGCAGAAAGGGAGCCAGAAGGAGUUGUAGAUGGCCUGAUAGGUAAACAUGUGGAAUAUACCAAAGAAGACGGCUCCAAAAGGACAGGCAAGGUCAUUCAUCAAGUUAAAGCCAAACCUUCUGUGUAUUUCAUCAAGUUUGAUGAUGACUUCCAUAUCUAUGUCUAUGAUUUGGUGAAAAAAUCUUAACUGUUAUGGUAAAAUUUGCCACAUUUGUGGAAACAUGUAUAAUUUGUAGACAUGCAAAAAAAUGUUGCUUUUUAGUGUAGUGAAAGUUGGAGGGUCCCUGUUAACUCUACGUCUUUGCCAGCAUAACUGUUGUUUUGUUCUUAAAAAUACAGAUUUAUGUGGACAUGACAUGCCUUGUGUAAGGAAUUUGUCUUCUUGAAAAGGUUGGGUGUGUUUGGUGGAGGGGCAUGAAAGGAAGAAACAGCAGUACAUUCAGGCUGUGAAUAAAGUUAAGCUAGUUUCAUAAUCAGUCAUCUAAAAAUGGAAUAGGACUUAUCUAGCCUGGU